AUGCUCGCCCUUGAACACCGUGCUCGGAGUUUCUUCCUCCAAUGUCGAGCUUCUGCACGGUGCAAAUACCAAUCCUCGUUCGCGGUGAAUCGGUCAUCAUUCCCGCGACGCGCUUUCGCAACAGCCUCUGAGCUUGAGCCUCUGUCGGACAGCAGCACCGAGAGGAGGAAAAAGCCAUACUAUGUGACUUCGCCCAUCUUCUACGUCAAUUCAGCGCCUCACGUCGGCCACUUGUACACUCUCGUCCUCACCGACGUACUAAAACGAUGGGCGAAACUGUGCGGCGACGAAAAAGCCACGCUCCUGACGGGCACUGAUGAACAUGGCAUGAAGAUACAGAAAGCGGCGCAAAGGGCGAACACGGACGUGAAGCUCUUCUGCGAUCGUCACGCAGAGCAGUUCAAGGCACUCUGCGACGCCGCCAACAUCAGCUACGACCGGUUUAUCCGGACCACGGACGCGGAUCAUAAAGAGGUGGUCGAGUACGUCUGGAACGAGCUCAACCAUGGGGGCUACAUCUACGAGGCGAGUCACGAGGGCUGGUACUGCGUGAGCGACGAGACCUUUUAUCCCGAAACGCAGGUCCAGAGGAUCCUCGACCCGUCGACCGGCGACACCAAGAUCGUGUCGAUCGAGACCGGCAAAGAGGUCGAAUGGACUUCGGAGACAAACUACCACUUCAGACUGUCCGCGUUUCGAGAACCCCUGCUCGAGCACUACACGAAGAAUCCGACCGCGAUCGUCCCAAAGCAACGCAUGGCGUUCGUGAAGAAUGAGAUCGAGAAUGGACUCACCGACCUCUCCAUAUCGAGACCCUCGUCUCGGCUGUCUUGGGGCAUUCGCGUGCCAGGCGAUGACAGCCAGACAAUCUACGUCUGGCUAGACGCCCUCCUGAACUACCUGACCAUGACGGGCUACCCGGUCGGCAGGUUCAACAAGGCCGAUUCGAUAUGGCCGCCGGACUGCCAGGUGAUUGGCAAGGACAUUAUUCGAUUCCACACCAUCUACUGGCCUGCAUUCCUGAUGGCCCUGAAGCUUCCCGUGACCGACAAGUUCCUGUCGCACGCCCAUUGGACCAUGAACAACGAGAAAAUGUCCAAAUCAUCGGGAAACGGCGUGAAUCCGUUUCUCGCCAUGGACAGGUACGGCGUUGACACGAUUCGAUUCUACAUGGCGUACCACGGCGGCAUAGUCGACGAUGCCAUGUACGAGAAUUCGCGAGUCGCGGGGACAUAUAACCAUGUUCUGAAAGACGGAUUUGGAAAUUUGCUGCAGCGGGUGUUUAAGAGCAAACAAUUCAAUGUUCGAGAAUCCGUCAGACUGGUUGCACAAGAAGCGAACAACAGCGACACCAGCAGCAUCUUUUCAUCAUCAUCAUUAUCAUCAUUAUCAUCAUUAUCAUCAUCAACAUCAACAACAGAAUUCCUGUCCAACGGCAAUGGCAAUGACGACGACACGGCUACCACCACCACGACUGCCGCUACUACUGCUACUCCUAGCAGCGAUCCCAACAACGCAAACGCGAAUGUAAAUGCAGACCUGGAAGCGUUGCACGAAAGUAUUCAGGGCCUACGUAAGCAGUUAACAGUGAUACAAGAACGGACAGACAGAGCGAUGAAAGAGCCAAACCCUCGAACCGCGGCGCACCACAUCGUCGAGCUGAUCAGGACCACGAACAAGUUCUUCCACAACGCCGCACUAUGGGGACGCAUGAACACGACCGACCCCGGGGAGCGACAGCUGGCGCAUUACGGCGUGUACAUGAGCGCCGAGGCGAUCCGCAUCGUCGCAAUCCUGCUGCAGCCGUUCAUGCCGGAGCGGAUGAAGGUGGCACUUGACAUGAUGGAGGUGGACGAGUCGAAGCGGACCUUUGGCCACGCCCGGGUCGGCGCCGACUGGACUUAUGGAUGUCUUCCUCCUGCCCCUGCCGCUGCACAACCUCCACCUUCGACUGACGGGGGCAAGAACAACAACAACAGAAAGAAAGCAAAGUCGGCAGGGGCCGGCGCACCGCAGUUGUUCCCUAUGCUUCUUUCGGACAAUUAA